AUGCAACAGAAACUCUCUUUCUACGACUUCAAUCCGUCGUUGGCCGCCGCCGUGCUUUUCGCCGCGCUCUAUGGCAUCUGUUUUAUCUUGACGACGGCCUUGUGGGUGAAACACAGAGCUUGGGUGUGUGUUAUCAUGGUCGUGGCUGUAGCAAUGGAAACGGUUGGAUACAUUGGCAGGUCUAUCUCGACUCAAAAUGUUACCAAUCAGUCAAUCUACGUCCUUCAAUUUGCUCUUACCGUGCUUGCGCCUGUCCUGGUCGCAGCGUUCUGCUAUAUCAUUUUCGGGCGGAUUGUCUUCCUUGCUGUGCCGAGAGGGUCUAGAACUCUAAAACUCAUUUGGGUGCCUCCUCGAUUUGUGACUCCAAUCUUUGUCUUCUUCGAUAUCAUUGCCCUGCUAUUGCAAUUGGCGGGUGCGGUUAUCAUCUCGGGAACCCAGGCUACAGAUAAAGAUGCACAAAAGAAGAUUAAUAAUGGUAAAGGAAUCGCCCAGGCUGGUGUGGUGGUACAAUUGGCAGCAUUUGGUCUGUUUUCAAUAAUCGCCGUUCGCUUUAAUUUCACGUCCAAAAGAUUUAAAAAAUCAGCCCACGAGCAAUUCCCUGACGAAGAAAAUGACCGUACACUCCAAAUGGACACUGCGCCUAAACAGAAACACUGGCCAGCGAUUCUGCGAGUUGUGAACUUAGUAUCUGGCUUGAUUUUGAUUCGUACUAUUUAUCGUAUGAUCGAAUUCAACGAAGGUCCUUCGGGCUAUCUUAGCACGAACGAGUGGUGCACGUACGUUUUCGACGCGCUCGUGAUUCUUCCGUGCUUUGUUCUGUUUAUCUGGUGGCAUCCCGCCAAAUAUCUACCGUAUCUCGGCUUCCGUCUGCCAAAGCACGCGCGAUGA